UUCCUCUUUCGCUGGGAAUUUUGGUCCUCUUCUCUCUAUUGAAAGCUUCAAUUUUCCACUGCGGCUGCGAGUUAUAUUCUCUUUUUUUUGUUCUUUUUAAUUUUUUUUUUUUUUCUGAAGAAGACAAAGUUUUGAUUUUUCGAAGGUCUUGAGCUUUGAAUCUUCCGGCACUGCUCAUCAUCUGACAGAGUAGAGGUGGAGUGAGGGAUGGCUGGUGGAGGUCUAAAGAGAAUGCUGGCUACAGCACUAGGCGAAGGGCUGAGUGGGGCAAGAGCAAGGAUAUUUGGUCAUGUUAUUAACCCAACAGGCCAGAAAUCUGCCCACAAGAUUCUGCGCAAGAAGCUCAUCGGCGAAAAAGUUGCUCAGUGGUACCCUCAUGACAUCAAGAAAGAUGACCCUCUUGUCAUGGCUCGUCAAGAACAAGAGCGCUUAUCAAAGCUUGAAAUGCUGAAGCGUCGAGGAAAAGGACCACCCAAGAAAGGCCAAGGAAAGCGUGCUGCUAAACGUAGCAAGUAGAAAUGCAACAUUAGGAAAUUUAAUGUUUUCCCUUUGCAAUUUGUGCUAGCCAAAAUUUAUGUUUUUCUUUUUGGACCUACCUCCUGUUCAAGGUAAAAAAUAUUUACCUUGAUUUACCAUAUUGCAAUUUCAUGUAACUGUUAUUUUGGAAUUGGACAUGAAUAUUGUGUUUAAUUGGUACGAAUAUAAAAAUAUUAGACAGUAACGUUGAACAAACAA